ACACAUGUGGACUACGUUGGUUCAUGUUUCUCCAAAUAUUUGGUGUGUGGCCAGGAUUCACUGUCUUCAGAUUCCAUACCAAUGGCCACUUCCACCCUCUCCCACCAAACUUCACGGCCGUUCCCCACGGCGUGCGCCAGUUCCAGCCCACCAAGCACCGCCGUUAGCCUACGGCGGCACCUCCCACCUCCUCCCAAGCCCCGAAAACUUUCUCUCAGUGUGAAAAACAGCAACCGCUUCAAGUGGGUCAUUCAGUCGAGCUUAGCGGAGCAAAGCCCACCCAAAACGUUCGACAUUCAAGAACUCGUGAGAUUUCUCUAUGACGAUCUCACACACCUCUUCGACGAUCAAGGUAUCGAUAAAACGGCCUAUGACGAACGUGUCUUCUUUCGAGACCCAAUCACCAAACACGAUACUUUGAGCGGCUACCUCUUCAACAUUGCCCUUCUCAAAACAAUAUUCAAUCCCCAGUUUCAGUUGCACUGGGUCAAACCGACAGGACCGUACGAGAUAACUACUAGGUGGACCAUGGUUAUGAAAUUCGCUCUGCUUCCUUGGAAACCGGAGCUCAUCUUUACUGGAACUUCCGUAAUGGGCAUUAACCCAGAAAAUGGCAAGUUUUGUACCCACGUGGACUUUUGGGAUUCAAUACAGAAAAAUGACUAUUUUUCUUUCGAAGGUCUGUUGGAUGUAAUCAGACAGUUGAGGAUUUAUAAGACACCGGAAUUAGAAACACCAAAAUACCAAGUAUUGAAAAGGACGGCAAAUUAUGAGGUUAGACAGUAUGAACCAUUCAUAGUAGUCGAAACAAAUGGAGACAAGCUAUCUGGGUCUACAGGCUUUAAUGAUGUUGCUGGAUAUAUAUUUGGAAAGAAUUCCACGAUGCAGAAGAUUCCAAUGACUACCCCUGUAUUCACUCAAAGCAAUGAUGCUGACCUGUCCAAAGUUUCAAUCCAAAUAGUUCUUCCAUCAGACAAAGAAACAGAAAGUUUACCAAGUCCUAAUCAAGAAACAGUUCGCUUGAGGAAGAAUGAGGGAGGCAUUGCCGCAGUAAUGAAGUUUAGUGGAAAACCCACAGAGGAUGUUGUUUGUGAAAAGGAGAAAAUCCUACGCUCCAACAUCAUUAAAGAUGGUCUUAAACCUCAGAUUGGUUGUUUGCUUGCACGAUACAAUGAUCCGGGUCGAACAUGGACCUUUACAAUGAGGAAUGAAGUGCUGAUAUGGCUAAAUGAUUUCUCCUUGGAUUAGCAUCAAUGCAGAAACCAUAGCUGCUGUUAUUGUCACUGCACACAACUAAUUUUUCCAUCAUAUAUUUGUCUGAGUAUAUGAAAAAUGUUGUUAAAAGUUCUGUGGUAAAGAAUGAGAGAUGUUUGGAACCAAAAGUAGGAAAUAUAAUUUGGAAAAAAGUUAAAUAGGAGAUUAUCAAAAUUCAUGUUUAUUAGCAACAACUCAUCAAGUUGUACGAGAACUAUGAAUGUUCUUUAUUACAUACAAUUCAUCAAAAGAAAAAGUGCUACUUCAAUAAGUUCA